GUGCGAUCGAUAGUGCACAGCGCGGCACUAUCCAGUUUUAAAUUUCGAACGUUGCGAUUUUCGGGUCGCCAAUAGACGCCGUGCAACCUCUUUGACCUGUCGCCGUAGUGAUGUGUGUGAUGUAAACAGCCUUGUAGUUAUCGAUAGACACGGUGAUCGUGACAAACAUGAUGACUAUGGACGUCGGGAUGUACAACAACCAGCAAAACGGAUACGGCAGUGCGGAAUAUUACCAGCAGGGUGCCGGAUAUCAACCUCCUUACGAAGGGUACCAUGAGGGCUAUUAUGAGACGCCGUCUCACUACUACGAGCCUUUGCUGCACGGUCAACCGGCACACGAGCCGCCAACGCCAGUGAUAAGCACAGACACUGGUCUCUGUUACACCAACCUUGACUAUGGGGAGCUGCAACAAAACUAUUCCAUGCACACUCUACCUUCUCACUCAGAAACAUUUAAACACAGAGAAGAUGUGCCCAGACAUGAAGAAAUGCAUAUGCAUGAACACAAGCUGGAUGGACAUUACUUGGAGUCGAAAUACAAUAUGCAUUUUGUUGAUGAAACGGCGAUGCAGUACAGCCACACCGGCUCGCCGUUGCCGCGGCCGGACUUUGAACAUUAUCAACCGAAAGACGAGUUCGGAGGGAUGAGAGAAGCCUUCCCUCGAGAGGGGGAGUGCGUGGGAGGCCAUGGACACCUUCCUCCUGGACAUCAAACCCAUCCUUCCCACACUGCCGUCCCAACAUACAAAUGGAUGCAAGUGAAAAGGAAUGUACCUAAACCAGCAGAUCUCUCCAACAUGCCCGCGGGCGAUGUUGGACUCUCGCUCAAUUAG